AUGGGAAUCGACGCCGGUUUCGAUAUACAUCCUCGUCUGUCUAAAGGAAUCGUAGACAGACAAAACUGGGGACGAUUUAUCGACUUCAUUAAAGAGCAUUACAAGGAUGACACCCAGGUCGAGAUAAAGCCAAAUUACAUCAGCUUCAAAGCAGGGGAACAUCCCAAACUUCCAUUCGAGGGCCACAAAUUUCUGCGUUUUAGCUCAAAAGUAUCCGGGUCUAUCGCAGCAGAUACGAAUGUAGAGAGCUAUAUCGAUACUGUGACACGUAUUGCACAGGCAAACUUCGGCUCUCGUAUCCGGUAUUGGGACGAGGGUGUUGAUCAGUCUGGCGUAUACAGCUGGACUGAAGUCCAAGAAUCAAUCAGGUCAUAUCAGCAGUUGCAGCGAGAUGAACUUGAGACUCCGUCCAGCAUUGCUCAAUUCCUUAGUGGCACCGAUCCUAUCGCAGAGCUGGACAUUGCUCCUUUCGAGAUUAAGCACAUCCUCGGAAAAGGUAAAGGUCUCGUUGCCCGUUUCAACAUAUCUAAAGGCACCCGAAUCAUUUGUGAGAAGCCGCUUCUUAGAGCUGGGCCUAUGCCUCGUGAUGAGCUAGAGGGAUUUCUCGCGACAAAGUUGAAGGCCAUGUCCAGAGAGUCACAGCGACAGUUCCUGUCUCUUCAUAACAACUUCCUGACGAAGAACCCAUUCAGCGGCAUCUUCAAGACGAACGCGCUGCCAUGCGGCUCUGGGUCGCCCGUCGGUAGCGUCUACCCAACAGUGUGCUUAAUCAACCACAGUUGCAUGCCAAAUGCUCAUAAUAGCUGGAACAGCGCCAAGGAGCACGAAACUAUCCAUGCAAUUCGAUCAAUCGAGAAAGGAGCUGAGAUCACAAUAUCGUACGACCAUGGGGGGACGUCAAGCGAACGACAGGCAUUUCUUGAAGAAAGCUUCGGUUUCUCCUGCACUUGUAGUUGUUGCACCCUCCCCCCUUUCUCCCUCCAAGCUAGCGACAAUCGGCGCACACAGAUCAAGAAUCUUGAUGACGCUAUUGGGGAUCCGUUCCGUAUGAGGAGCAACCCACAAGAGAGUUUGAGGGACUGCUACUCGCUGAUUCAAGUCCUCGACCAAGAGUUCGAUGGGUGUGCUGGCGCACUAAUUUCUAGGCUCUACUACGACGCCUUCCAGAUCAGUAUUGCGCAUGGGGAUCAGGCACGCGCGAGUAUAUUUGCAGAGAGAGCCUAUAAAGCUAGGGUGAUCUGUGAAGGUGAGGAUAGCCCCGAAACGCUGAGAGCUAAGUCUCUUGCGUUGAAACCAGCCGUUCAUAGUAGCUUUGAAGUAUAUUCUAGGAAGUGGAAAAGCGUGAGGGAUUCGGCACCGAAGGGUUUGGAUACGGUCGAGUUUGACAAGUGGUUGUUCAGGCAGAAGAAUUAA